AUGUUUAAAUUGUUGUUUACUGUAUCUCAAUCACAGAGUGAAGAUGAACAACAGAAAAUUGUCAAAGAAGUUUUUCAUUUGGUCUCUAGAAGAGAUGAUGAUGUUUGUAACUUUUUAGAAGGUGGCACACUAGUCGGUGGACAAGAUUAUAGAUUAAUUUAUCGUCAUUAUGCAACAUUGUAUUUUGUAUUUUGUGUUGAUUCAUCUGAAAGUGAACUUGGCAUAUUGGAUUUAAUUCAAGUAUUUGUUGAAGCAUUAGAUAAAUGUUUUGAGAAUGUUUGUGAACUUGAUUUAAUUUUUCAUGUAGAUAAGGUACACUACAUACUAAAUGAACUUGUAUUAGGUGGAAUGGUAUUAGAAACUCAUAUUAAUGAAAUUACUCAUAGAUAUGAAGAACAGCAAAAACUAGAGAAACAAGAGUCUGGAUUAUCCGGAGCGCCAGCUCGGGCUGUUUCAGCAAUGCGUGAUUUGAAUCUUCAUCAGAAAUUCAAGGAGAUACGUUUUCCAGAUUUACAAUCAUUGCAAAACAGACUAUCACGUUGA